CCUUCCCACCCUAUUUCCCAUUGCUCCAUUUCAACAUUUAGCCGCUUGAAACCAGCCUCCCUAAAUAUAUAACACCCUUCUUUCUUCACUCUUUUCACCACUUUCAUAUCAUGAAAGCUGAAGGUGGAGUUGUGAUGUUCAACCGGUCGGAGAUCGAUACCAGGGCGCCAUUCAGUUCGGUCAAAGAGGCCGUCGCCUUGUUCGGGGAGAAAGUUUUAGCCGGUGAACUUUAUGCCAACAGGCUCAAGGAGAUGUAUGGUGAAGCAAGUGGAAAUGGUUCAUCCAGGCUGGGAACGGUGAUGGCUGAGCUGGAGGAGACGAAGCAUAACCUUGAAAAAGCCAGAGAGGAGAGCAUGACAAUGGAGAAUUGUCUGUCUUCUCUAAAAGAGGAGCUUGAAAGAACAAAGAGAGAACUGCAGAAAAUGAAGGAACGAGAAACACAGAAACCAAUAUUGGAGUUUGAUGUUGUCCCAGUCCCAGAUCAAGUGAAGAAAACACAUACAUCUAAUGAACAAGGAACAGAGUUCCAAAAGAAGAGAUACGUGACAUUUGCAAAUCCACCUUCUUUGGCUCAAGUUAUUAUUCCGCAAGGUGUGGAGAAACUCGAGAGACACCCUUCACUACGAAAGAAGAAGAAGAAGCCAUUGAUUCCCCUGAUCGGAGGUAUAUUCUCCAGGAAAAAAGGAAACCCAGAAAUUGCAUCACCAACAAGUCCCUGACCUACUCCAUAGUGUCAACAUAAAUACUUGAGUUCCAAGUUCCAACAAUAAUUAUCAACUGAGCCCCCUUUUUAAUUCUCAAAGUUUCAUAAUUUUCUUCUUUAUACACUUGUAAGUUGUAGCAGGGUAAGCCAUAAGCAGAAUGUGAAUGUUUUAGAAGAGAGAUAAGUAAUAAGUUGUCAGUUGGAUUUGACAUUUUAAAUUUACUUUAGCUUUUACCUUCUC